GAGAAAUUGGGAGCCGCUCCCCGAAGAGCAGGUGAAAAUCCACCAACUGACGUUUACUUAUACCCGCUUCCAGCUAUUCAUACUAUCCUUCUAUCAUUGGAUAGACUAAUGCAAGUGCAUGCAUUUUCCUAUAAAUCGGUUGAUCUUGAAUCGACGAUAAUCUUUAAUUCUGUGGAGCAUUAUAUCAACCAACAAGCCAAUCAUGAGUCUACAAGGGCAAGACAACCACUAGACUCAACACCCGCGUUCAAGGUAUAGCUUCAACAAUCUGCACGAAGCGCUAUUUCAGUAUUGGUACUUCAUUUAGUAGAGAUUCUGUGUGCGCCAACUCUUAUUUUGGAAGGAGAUGAAUCAAAGUUCCUUGUUCAUAUGCGUACACAUCUGAAUUCUACCAGUAGCACUGUUGUUUGAUAUUCAAUGCUACAAAGCUUUGGUUCGGUCGGAAUAGUUCGAAUUCAGCUAGCAACUAUUUAUAAACUGCACCACCUUACAUACAUGAGUUGUAGAUGGGUGAAACUUAUGGUGGGUGACGUUCAGAUUACAUUGAACCCAACUGUUGGAUCGAAGAAUUACUGCAUUCAACGUCUAGAUUGGACUGCAUCACUCUAAAGAUCUGGGGGCUAACAUCAGCUGCUGUGCGGUAAAGUUUAAACUAUCAAGUGCCAAUCACUGCCUUUUUAUUUUCCGGAAUUGACUCGAUGCAUAUGCAACACUGAAUGCCUAUCUAGAACCAACCUAUAGUAUCGGAGGUGGUAAAAACAAGUACCCCGCACUUGCAUGAUUCCAGCGUUUACUUAUGGAAGCCAUUAUUGUAUGUAUAUAAAGUCAGUACCAUUGAAAGAUAUAAACUUGUGAUUGUGAUCCGAUUCUAAAUUCCUGAACUCAGCCCCUUAGAUCCAAAAUGCAUUCCCAAUGCACCCCAUAUCUUUUCGCAGUCCCAUUUCUUGCCUCCUAUCUAUCACCCGUCAACGCGGUCCCAACAAACUUCAACCUAACCGCCAUCACCGCCUCAAACAACAUCUCUAUGUUCCAAUGCUGGCAGCUUACCGAUCCCAUCAUCUCUGGUGAGCAGCCUGGUUAUGGUACCGAGAUGAUUCUACAGAAGUUGGGCGCGAUGGGAAAUGCGACUUAUGGAUAUCUGCCCGCUAAUUUCCCCGGCGCGGCCCAUGUGGCGCCUACUUCACAAUACGUACUUUUUCUCUCCGGACAAAUGGUUAUCACCAUACCCGAAACAGACCAGACUGCAACUUUCUCAGCAGGCGCAAAUGGCAUUAUUGUGGCAGCGGAUACGCAAGAUACAAGUGCCAAUGGGCAUGUGACAGCGUCGUUGGAUGAACCGGUCACGACGGUGCAGAUACCGUUCUGGGGGGGUGUGGCGCCGGGGUAUAGGGUUCUGCAUGAUGGGGUUUGUGGGGGGGAUGAGCUGGAGUUUUAA